CUCUCCAGUAUUGAGAUAAACUUUGAGAGGCCAAUAUAACCAAAUAAAUUCCCGGAUACCAUCUUCAGUUCACGAUAAUACCUCAUCAAAGCAACAACUUAAAGAUAACUAACGUUUAAGUGAACAAUAAAUAAUGGCAUCUUGCCCAGUUUUUAAAUAUACAGCAUCAAAUCGGGCUUUAACCAACGAACAGCGACAAUUCUACGAAGAUAAUGGUUUCAUAAUUAUCCGUGGUUUGGUAAGCCCAGCCGAUUUAGAUAGAUACCAACAAAGAUUUAUCGAUUUCUGCGAUGGCAAAGUCGAUAAAGGUGGUAUGACCGUAAUGAAGGAUUUGUCUUUGCUGAAAGAAGGUAAAGCCAAAGGAGAGUAUCUAGUCAAUAAAAUUCAAGAAUUUUUAUACGAUGAUGUCCUCUUCGACUACGCCAAAGAUCCAAAAAUUGUUGAAGUGGUUGCUAGCAUCAUAGGCGAUAAUGUUACCGCUGUUCACUCUAUGUUGAUUAAUAAACCACCAGAUGCGCAUGAAGCUACCUCAAAACAUCCAUUACAUCAAGAUUUGCAUUAUUUUCCAUUUAGACCAGCUGAUAAAAUAUGUGCAUCAUGGACUGCAAUGGAGCGAAUUGAUGAAAAAAAUGGUUGUUUAUUCGCUGUUCCUGGAUCACAUAAAUUGGAAUUAUAUGCGCAUGUUUAUCCAGAUGCAUUAACAAAUAAAGCUUACCACGGAGUAAUCGGUUUUGAUGAUAAACCAAAAGUGAUGAUGAUUAUGGAAAAAGGAGAUACGGCAUUUUUCCAUCCAAUUCUUCUUCACGGUUCCGGUCCAAAUUUAACGAAAGGUUUCCGAAAAGCAAUUUCCGUUCAUUACGCGAGCAGUGAUUGCCACUUUAUUGACGUAAAAGGAACGACGCAACAAAAUAUCGCCGAUGAAGUCGAAGCGAUUGCCAAAAAAAGAGGAAUCAGCGUUGAUUACCGAGUUAUUUGGAAAAUGAAAAGCCGUUUGGUUGCUGGACAACUUGGAAAAUUCAAUGAAAUGGGGAGCAAAAUUUAAGUUUAUUAAAAAAUAAUUAUGCACCAUGAAAAGUUGAUGAAGAUUAAAAUGAUUAAAAAUGAUAAAAAAUAUCGUUUAUAAACAAAAUGGUAAAGGAAAAAAAGGUGUAAUAUUUAAAAAUUUUACGUCAUCAUUUGGGAACAUAAAUACGUAUUAACAUGUUUUUUUUAUUGAAUAUACAAUUUAUUUUAUUUUUGUGAACUAUUAUACUAUCUUUGUUACUGUUUGUUACCAAAUAAAAUAUAAAUAAAUAUAUAUUUUUACAUAC